CGAGUUUAACGGUCGCGAGAGGCCGCUCGCUUGACCCUGACAUCCACUGUGGGAGUCCCGGCCAGACUCUCUUGGGAGCUUAGGAUACUUCCGAGUUCUGAAUGUUAGCCACUGAAAAUGCCUGUAGACGAUGAAGCAUCUGAAGAUGACUCGGAUUCAGUUUCUUCAAACAUUGAAAGAGCCUACGUUUCCCAAUAAGAGAGUGUAACGAUUUCUAUACACUAUGGAAGAUUUUGAUUUGGUGAAACCCUUACGGAAAACGUCAUCUUCUAUAGAAUCUCAUAUAAAAAAUCCUCCCCAUUCUUUUGGACUGAACUUAAAUAGUAAUAGAAGUAGUCCCCACCUUAGUACAAAUGGGGUAUCCUCUUUCUCAGGGAAGACCAGACCAUCUGUAAUUCAAGGUACAGUUGGAGUCCUAACCUCUUUAAUGCAAGAGCUACAACACAGUGGAAAGACUGAUUCGGAACUUUGGAAAAACUGUGAGACCAGGUGGUUACAACUAUUCAGUUUGGUGGAAAAACAAUGCCAAGAACAGAUAGUUGCCCAGCAGGAGCAGUUCCACAACCAAAUUCAACGUAUACAGGAGGAGAUAAAAAAUUUAGUCAAGUUACAGACCAGUAAUGCUUCCUGGGCUUCCUAUGAUAGUUCUUUGAGCAAACAGUUACCUUCAGGAAGUCAAAUGGGUUUUUUUUCUGAAAACAGUGAGAGAAAUGAACCUAUUACCAGUUAUCCUAAGUCUGAAGAACCUGAAAUGCAGCAGGAAAUGUCCGCAUCACAACCAGACUGCAAUGUGGACAGUAGCUCAGUGAGCAGCGGGUAUGGGACCUUUUGUGUCUCUGAAUUAAACGCCUACAAAUCUAAGGACCCUCGGGAGUUCAUGGAGCACGCAGAGGUUUCUGAGGGACAGUUUGGAGCCCCUUUGGCGCAGACGGAGUCCGUUGCAGAUGGUGUAAAAAACAAGAGUUUUCAUAUACAUACCACUGAAGAGUUUUGUGCAUCUUUAAAAGAAGAUAUUUCCAUUUUUCCUGGUGAAUUUGAACACAAUUUUCUUGGUGAAAAUAAGAUUUCAGAAGUUUACAGUGGGAAAACAAAUAGUAGUAAGUCUGUAACAUCAUGGGCACAAAAGCUGAAGCAGAAUCAACCAAAGAGAACAGUUACCGAAGAGGGGUGUUCAAAACCUAUGCGAGGAAAUGAGCAAGCCAAGAAGUCACCAGGUGAGAAGUCUAAUUUCACUGCUGCCAAGCAUCCUCAUGCUUUUUACCUCAAUAAACCAGAUGAGAGUCCAAAUCCUUGGAUGUCUGAUUCAGGAACAGGACUGACUUACUGGAAGCUGGAGGAGAAGGACAUGUAUCACUCUUUGCCUGAGACUUUAGAGAAGGGAUUUGCACCGUCCUCUGGAGAUAGGUCACCAGGCCAGUCUAAUACUAGUAAUGAGAUGAAGCUACCAUCACUGAAGGAUAUUUAUCAUAAAAAACAAAGGGAAAACAAGCAGUUACCUGAGAGGAAUCUCACUUCUGCUUCCAACCCAAAUCAUCCACCAGAGGUACUAACUCUAGAUCCAACGUUACACAUGAAGCCAAAUCAGAUUUCAGGGAUUCAACCACAAGGCUUUUUGAACGCCCUCGAUGACAGAAUAUCCUUUUCGCCAGACUCUGUUCUAGACCCCAGUAUGUCUAGUCACUCUGACAUAGACUCAUUUUCACAAGCAAGUAAUAUUGCUUCUCAGUCAUCUGGAUUCCCAAAAUAUCCUUCAAAUACAAAAGCAUCACCAGUGGACUCUUGGAAAAAUCACGGAUUCCCAAGCGACAGUAGGAGCAGCUCCGUGUUUCCGUCGGUGUGCACUACUGCUAGUAAUGACAUCUCGGUCAACACUGUAGACGAAGAAAACACCGUCACAGUAACUUCAGCCUCAGCCAGUCAGUCUCAGCUUCCAGCGACGGCCAACAGUGUCCCAGAAUGCAUUUCACUGACUUCCCUGGAAGACCCUGUGAUACUUUCUAAGAUUCGGCAGAAUCUGAAGGAGAAGCAUGCUCGACACAUAGCCGAUCUUCGAGCUUAUUAUGAGUCAGAAAUAAAUACUUUGAAACAGAAACUGGAGGCAAAGGAGAUUUCUGCAGUUGAAGACUGGAAGAAAACCAAUCAAAUUCUCGUGGACAGAUGUGGCCAAUUAGAUAGUGCUCUGAAUGAAGCAACUAGUCGUGUGAGAGCACUUGAAAAUAAGAACAAUUUGCUGGAAAUAGAAGUCAAUGAUUUCAGAGAACGCUUCAAUGCAGCCAGCAAUGCUUCCAAAAUUUUGCAGGAACGGAUUGAGGAAAUGAGAACAAGUAAUAAAGAAAAAGACAAUACCAUCAUUCGACUAAAGUCUCGACUGCAGGAUUUAGAAGAAGCCUUUGAGAAUGCUUACAAACUCUCAGAUGAUAAAGAAGCAAGACUGAAACAGGAAAACAAAAUGUUUCAAGAUCUCCUAGGAGAGUAUGAGUCCCUUGGAAAAGAACACGAAAGAGUAAAGGAUACAUUAAAUACAACCGAGAACAAAUUGCUUGAUGCACAAACUCAGAUUUCUGAUUUGAAAAGAACAAUUUCAAAACUUGAAGCUCAGGUCAAGCAAGUAGAGCAUGAAAAUAUGUUAAGUCUUCGCCACAAUUCUAGAACUCCUGUGAGAUCCUCACGUGCCAACACGCUGGCCACCUCCGACGUCAGCAGGCGCAAGUGGCUGAUACCAGGCGCAGAGUAUUCCAUCUUUACCGGGCAGCCUUUGGACACUGAGGAUAACAGAGUGAAUAACCAGCUGGUGGAAACCUGUGUUCCCGGGUACCAUUCUCCUCCGGAAAAGGAUUCUUCAUCUGGAAGUUCACCAGGAAGCUUAUUGAUAAAGAAACCAAGAGAGACUUCAGAUACACCAAUCAUGAAAGCCUUAAAAGAACUUGAUGAAGGAAAAAUAUUUAAAAGUUGGGGCACACAGACAGAGAAAGAGGACACUUCAAAUAAACUAGUGAAUCCUCGGCAAACUGAAACGCCUGUCAGUGCAAGUCGGUCCCCAGACAAAUGUGCCCAACAAAGACAGAAGAGAUUUAACUCUGCUUCACAGAGAUCCUCGUCUUUACCCCCUUCAACUCGUAAAUCAAGUACUCCAACAAAAAGAGAGAUUAUGUUAACACCAGUGACUGUGGCUUAUAGUCCAAAGCGAUCCCCUAAAGAAAAUUUGUCCCCAGGAUUUAGUCAUCUACUUAGCAAAAAUGAAAGCAGUCCAACCCGAUUUGAUAUACUUUUGGAUGAUUUAGAUACUGUUCCUGUGUCUGCGUUACAACGUACCAAUCCAAGAAAACAACUCCAGUUUCUUCCUCUAGAUGACUCAGAAGAAAAGAAAUAUUCAGAAACAGCCGCCGACAUCCAUGUUAAUCAUAGCUCUUCUCCCGAACUGUUGCCAAAUGGAGGGAAGAAAGUGUCUGUGAGAUCAGCCUGGGAGAAGAAUAAGUCAGUCAGCUAUGAACAGUGUGAGCCCGCGUCAGUAGCACCACACGGUCAUGAUUUUGAAUAUACAGCAAAAAUCAGGACCCUAGCUGAAACGGAACGGUUUUUUGAUGAACUUACAAAAGAAAAAGACCAGAUUGAGGCAGCGCUAAGUCGAAUGCCUUCUGCUGGAGGACGAAUCACUUUGCAGACAAGAUUAAAUCAGGAAGCCUUGGAAGAUCGUUUGGAAAGGAUUAAUCGAGAACUGGGUUCAGUUCGAAUGACAUUAAAGAAAUUUCAUGUUUUGCGCACCUCUGCAAAUCUCUGAGAUUUGUAGCCAUUAAAUUUUGAGACAUUUUUGUUUGCACUAACGUAUAAUUAUGCACUCAGAAAAGGCAAACUAUUUUGUACUGUUUAUAAGCCUUCAAAUAGUAGUUUUACAAUCAUGCUAUUCUUUACACUUGCUAUUUUAUACUUCAAAUGGCCACAUAUUUUCAAGAUAUUUUUGUUAUGCUCAGGAAUCUCUUGUAUAUUUUACUAUUUAAAAAGUCUUAUUUUUAAAUAGUAUAAGUCUCCAGUUUAUAUCAAUAGUAAGAAAACGUAAACAGUGGAGGCAGCUUGUUUCUAAACAAAUAGUGUUCUCCUUUUACAAUUAACUUUGCACACUAAUUUUGUAUACUUGGUCUACAUUGUGAAUAUGAUUCUUUUUUUUAAAAUAAAUGCGUAAGAACA